CCCUCCCGCCCCACCAGCUGCAGCUGGGGCUGCCUCAUCCCACCCGCCUGUGGUCACUUAAGAGCCGGGGGCUGCUGGGGGUAGCCUGUGCUGGGCACGAUGGCUGCUGGGGAGCAGCGCAGGCAAGAGGAGCGGCGUCGGAGGAGGGCUCAGCAGCAGGAGCUGCUCCUGGCAGAGAGCCUGGGCAAGCACCCCCUGCAGAACAGGUGGGCACUGUGGUUCUUCAAGAACGACAAGAGCAAGAUGUGGCAGGAAAACCUGCGCCUCAUCACCAAGUUCAGCACUGUGGAGGACUUCUGGGCGCUGUACAGCCACAUCCAGCCUGCCAGCAAGCUCUCAUCUGGCUGUGACUACUCUCUCUUUAAGGAUGGCAUCGAGCCCAUGUGGGAGGAUAGCCAGAACAAGUGUGGUGGGCGCUGGCUCAUCACUCUGGCCAAGCAGCAGCGGCACACUGAACUGGACCGUUUCUGGCUGGAGACGCAGCUGAUGUGCCUCGUCGGGGAGAUGUUUGAUGAUUACAGUGAUGAGGUGUGCGGGGCCGUCAUCAACAUCCGCGCCAAGGGGGACAAGAUCGCCAUCUGGACCCGGGAAGCAGAGAACCGGGAAGGGGUCAUCCACAUCGGGCGCAUCUACAAGGAGCACCUGGGCCUGUCACAGAAGGUGGCCAUUGGGUACCAGGCCCAUGCAGACACAGCCACCAAGAGCGGCUCCCUCACCAAGACCAAGUUUGUAGUGUGACUGCAGGGGGAGCAGGGCAUUGCCCAUGGGGUCCCCUGUCCAAUCCCACAAUGAACAGCUGCAGAUAA